CCGGUGACAUCCUCUCAACACGGGCAGAGACAUCUUCUCUUCUCUCCGGAAGCCCUGUGUCCGGCUACUUCUAACUUCCGCCUGGGAUCAUCUGAAGAAGUCCUGAGAGAUGGAGCUGCAGGGGAAAGUUCCUGUGGAGAUAUUUACAGAUGUGGAUCAGGACGUGUUUCUGCGACAGAUUUAUCCAGAGCGCAGACCAGCCGUGCUGAGAGGCUUGUGUCUCGGACCGUGCCUGGAAAAGUGGACGGUCGAAUAUCUCGGACAGAGAGGGGGAGACAAGGAAGUGAAGAUUCACGUAUCCACUGUGCCGCAGAUGGACUUCCUUCACAAAAACUUUGUGUACAAGACUCUGCCAUUCAAUGAAUUUGUGAAAAGGGCAUCUGAAAAAAAACACUCUGACUUCUUCCUGUGUGAGGAUGAGAGCUAUUAUCUUCGAUCGCUGGGAGAGGACGUACGAAAGGAACCUGCUGAUCUGAGCAAACAGUUCCCAGACUUGGCGGAGGAUUUUCACAUCCCGCAGUUCUUUGAACCUCAUCAAUUUUUCUCCAGCGUCUUCCGCAUCAGCUCCUGUGGUCUGCAGCUGUGGACGCACUACGAUGUGAUGGAUAACCUGCUGGCUCAGGUGACCGGGAGGAAGAAGGUAGCUCUCUACAGCCCCCAGGAUGCAUUGCACCUCUACCUGUCAGGUGAUAAAUCAGAGGUCCUGGACAUCGACUCCCCAGACCUGAAUCGGUUUCCUGAGUUUGUGAAGGCAAAGAGAUACGAGUGUGUGCUGGAGCCUGGAGAUGUACUUUUUAUCCCUGCCCUGUGGUUCCAUAACACCCUGGCCCUGCAGUUUGGUGUGGGUGUGAAUGUGUUCUGGCGCCAUCUACCAGCGGACAGCUAUGACAGAAAGGACCCGUACGGUAACAAAGACCCUGUGGCUGCGACUCGAGCCCUUCAGGCCCUGGAGAGAGCAUUACACACUCUGGAUGAGCUCCCAGCAGACUAUCGGGACUUUUAUGGGCGCCGAAUGAUACAGCGCAUCCAAAAGCGGACGUACUGUGACAGUCUGUCGAGCACAACUACACAGGACAGCACAUUAUCCAGCAGUCAAUUCACCAAACCCGGAUGAGUGUCCCGAGAAAUAAACCAAUAAAACAUCAGCUUUGCUUUGUUCGGUUGACUUUCUGCUAGGCAGUAGCAGGCCAGCCAUUAGGAAUUAUGGGCAGGGGAACAAACUUUCCAAAUUGGGGCCCUCAUCCACCCCGACUCCCGGUCGUCUAGUUUCAUGUGAUACCAGUAUCUUCACUCCAGCUUUAAAACUGAGCCCGCUACAGCUGGUUUUAUUUGCUAGUCUGCCUCGCUCCUCUCUUUUGCUUCAGUACACUUUUUGUUGGCCAGAAAUUUAGCCAUUGUCUCUCUGAUCCUUUCAUUUUUUUGUUCUCUCUGUACCCUGCUUUUAUUUUGUGAGCCCCUGAUCAGAGCUUUCCACAAGGAUAUUGAGUAGCCAGCCAGAGGGAAACAGUAGCCAGCUACGGUGGUCCGGGGGUAUGGGCUAGUUUUCUCUCAGAACACUACAGUACACAUUACAAUAUGCUGAAAGGUUAUUUUUGAAUUUCUGCCCAAUGAUGCCAAAAACAUUCUGCCUACUGCAGCUUUAAAUUCUAAUGUAUGUCUAAUUUGUUUUAAAUUGAUGUUACAGGAAUCUCAGAGACUCAGAUCUGCCCUGGAAAGCAUAUUUGGGGGUUGCUGUAUAAUAAAUGUGUGGUGCUUUAGAUUCAUAAUUGCGGUGCUGUACUAUAAGCCUACUAAUAUUUAGGGAACUUUAUAUUUUUCUUAUAUUUAUUUGUCUUUGGAAGAAUGUGACUCACAAAGAAUGUAGUCACAUUGUUGUUCAUGUAUUUAUUUUAUUUUUUUUUACGUCAAAUGAACUGUAUUUUGAGGCCGUUUGUUCAUUUUAAGUGGAUCAGUGUUGGAUCCUGUCCAGGCCAGCAGGGGGCAGUAGCAGAGUGUUUGUAACUCAGGGAAUGCCUUUACCCAUGGAUUGCAAACUGUCUUACAACAUGAAACACUUUUGUCUCAUCAUUUCUCCUGUUAAACAAUUCAAUUAAUUUUAAAUUGAGACAUAAAAAUAGGACUUUUAUGUCUGGCUGCUUGUCCCGUCAUCCGGGACCUGCACCAUAAAAUUAAAGUACAUUUUUUUA